AUGUCUGGAAAGCUCGCGACUGACUACCCCGCCUGGACUAAGCUCCAAGAGCUGUACGACAAGGACCACACCAAGCUUGUCCUCAAGGACUUGUUCGAUGCCGACCCCGAGCGCUUCAGCAAGUUCUCGCGCGCGUACGACUCGCCCCAGAAUGACGUCCACAUCCUCCUCGACUUCUCGAAGAACUUGAUCAACGACGAGGUCUUCUCGACCUUGAUCCAGCUCGCCAAGGAGGGCGGUGUUGAGACGGCUCGCGACGAGAUGUUCGCUGGCAAGCACAUCAACACGUCCGAGGACCGCGCUGUCCUCCACGUCGCCCUGCGCAACGUCGGCAACGAGUUCAAGAUCAACGAGGCUGGUGCGGACGAGGUCCAGGGUGUCCUCGACCACAUGACGGACUUUGCCAACAAGGUCCGCUCGGGCGAGUGGAAGGGUUACACCGGCAAGCCCAUCGACACCAUCGUCAACAUCGGUAUCGGCGGAUCCGACCUUGGCCCGGUCAUGGUCACGGAGGCGCUCAAGCCGUACGGCAAGAAGGGCCUCAAGUGCCACUUCGUCUCGAACGUCGACGGCACUCACAUCGCCGAGGUCACUGGCGAGUGCAACCCGGAGACGACCCUCUUCAUCGUCGCCUCGAAGACCUUCACGACCCAGGAGACGAUCACGAACGCCGAGAGUGCGCGCGAGUGGUUCCUCAAGUCGGCGGGAGACAAAUCGCACGUCGCAAAGCACUUUGUCGCGCUGUCGACGAACACCAAAGCAGUGACGGACUUCGGCAUCAGUUCCCAGAACAUCUUCGAGUUCUGGGACUGGGUCGGAGGCCGUUACUCGCUUUGGUCCGCCAUCGGCCUCUCGAUCAUGCUCUACAUCGGCCCCGACAACUUCCAGGAGCUCCUCGCCGGCGCGCACGAGAUGGACAAGCACUUCCUCGAGACGAAACUCGAGGACAACCUCCCCGUCAUCCUCGGUCUCCUCGGCAUCUGGUACAACGACUACUACGGCGCCCAGACCCACGCCCUCCUCCCCUACGACCAGUACAUGCACAAGUUUGCCGACUACUUCCAGCAGGGCGACAUGGAGUCGAACGGCAAGUUCGUCACGAAGGACGGCCGCCGCGUCAGCUACCAGACGGGCCCAAUCAUCUGGGGCCAGUCCGGCACGAACGGCCAGCACGCCUUCUACCAGCUCAUCCACCAGGGCACGAAGCUCAUCCCCGCCGACUUCCUCGCGCCGAUCGAGACGCAGAACCCGAUUCGCGGCGGCCUCCACCACAAGAUCCUCCUCUCCAACUUCUUCGCCCAGCCCGAAGCGCUCGCGUUUGGCAAGACUGAGGAGCAGGUCCGCGAAGAGCUCGGCGCGCAGGCGGAGAACGAGGCGCUGAGGAAGUCGAAGGUGUUCGAGGGCAACCGCCCGACGAACUCGAUCCUCUUCCAGAAGCUCACGCCCCGUACUCUCGGCUCGCUCAUCGUGAUGUACGAGCACAAAAUCUUCGUCCAGGGAUGCAUCUGGGGAAUCAACUCGUUCGACCAGAUGGGCCUCGGCAAGGUCCUCGCCAAGCGCAUUCUCGGCCAGCUCGACGACUCCUCGAAGGUUGUCGACCACGACUCGUCCACCACCGGUCUCAUCAAGCACUACAUCUCGCGCGCUUGA